AUGGUCAAAAUAUUUUAUGUAUUUACGAUUGUGGCAUUUUGUGCAAUCAAUAUAGUUAACUCACAAUUACAGUGCUAUGUCUGUACAAACUGUCCACUACCUAGUUCAAACGACUUACAAACAUGUGGACCACCGACAACCACAACGAUAAUCCCCACAAAACCACCAACAGAAUCAUCGACGGUACCAUCGACUGAACCAUCUACAGAAACAUCAACUAAUCCAUUUACUGAUUCUGAAGCUAAAGGGAAAAAGUAUCGUCGAAGUGUUGGAAUUGAUUCACCUUUCAACCAAGGAUGUAUUUGUUACAAUGGGAAAUGUGACUGCAGCGGUAAAUACGCCUCUAUGUAUUUUGAGAAAAUUGACGCCGAAGGGUUUAUUGAGGGAACUAAUUCCCCAGUAUUUAUUGAAGAAACUGACUCACCAACGGCUGUAACGUACCAAUGCUACACACAUACCCAUACAGUUGAUGGUUUUAAUGUUAUUAAUCGAGGAUGCAAAGCAGUUCCCCUCAAUGAAACAGCAUGUUCCGUACUCAACGCCCCAGAUAAUUACGAAGUUGAGUCUUUGCCAAACGAAAGAGAUGAUAACGAGACCACAGAGACAGAAGACAUUGAUCGCUCAGGGAUGGCCCAGGCAAAGGCUUACGCAUCGGUCACUCGAAUAAAGCCAGGGAUGGGAAUGGGAGCUGGUGUUAAAUUUGUCAACUGCUUUAGCUGUGUAGAUUGCCCGAAAGUCUUGGCCAACACAACCUCGAAAUACUGUCCGUACACUAAUGAUCCAACUAAACAAAACAAAUGUGUUGUUUAUGCUGAGAAAUAUAUACAAAUGAAGAAGUUAUGGUACAUACGAGGCUGCGCUUCAGAGCGAGGGUCUUGUGCCGAUAUUAAAAGAGGUCACGAUAAUUCACCAUCGGUGAAAUUGUCCUUCUGUGUCGAAUGUGAUGGAGAUCGGUGCAACACUAACGGAGUAUCUCGUUCAACCUUUGAUGUAACUAUUGCUAUAAUUGUCUUGGUUUUAUGUCCCAUUUUAGGUAAAUAUACAGUUUCAUAA